AUGACCCUUGAGUUUAGGAGCAAUAAGGAGCCAUUCUGCAGCACUUUCUUGGCCACGUUUAAACAGCUAAAUGAUAGGCGACAGGUGCUUUUGAUCCCAGUCACUGCCUACAUUGGUCUGGAGUUGGGUUUUCUCUAUGGGCAGUACACCAAGGUACUCUAAUAACAACCCUAUAUUCUUUAGAGAUACCAGAAGGUACUGAAGUGAUUCUGUUUAUGUCUUGUAGGAAUAUCUGACCUGCGCAUUGGGAAUACAUUUAGUUGGAUAUGUGAUGAUUUGCUUUGGUGCCACAAGUUCCCUGUUUUCCUACGUGUUUGGGCAUCUGUCACAAUAUUCUGGACAGGUAAGCUCUUUUCGCUUUGGGUAAGACCCGAGUUAUAUAUUUUAGUGAGAUCUAACAAUAUCAAUACUGUAAGACUCAUCACUGGCCAUUUAAAUACUGUAAUUUUCCUCUGGCAGCCACAACCACCCAGUUUACCUGUAUCCUGGCUCUGUUGUUCGGGAGGCCUCACCCAGACCAGCUGCCUGUGUUCUUUGUGUUUCCUGCUCUCUGGAGCAUGGCAGAUGCUGUGUGUCAGACACAAACCAAUGGUGAGUUAGUUACUGUAUCUUUGCAUACAGAUCCUUCCAUAGAAACAUAUCAACACAUUACAAGCAAGGCACAAUUAAUGAUUUGAGCUUGAUUAAACUAUCUCGUUAUAUAUUUUUCAGCACUCUACGGUGUUCUCUUCCAUGGCCAGGAGGCAGCAUUUGCCAACUAUCACCUGUGGGAGGCUGUAGGAUAUGUAAUCACAUUUGCCUGUAGCCAUUUUCUCUGUGUGAAUACCAAGCUAUACAUCCUUUUUGAAGUUCUGCUGCUCUCAGUGACACUUUGUUUUUCAGUGGAAUAUGGUGAAUACAAGAGCCCUACACCAAGUGCGGUGACACUAUCGAUACGAAACUGGAGAUAAAGAGCACAGAACUCAAUGAGGAAAAUGACAGACAGUGAUAAAACAUUGUGAACAUUGUCUCCAUGAUGACUGCAUUGUAAAAUGUACUUAGCCACACUAUUGGCUAUCUAUCAGCAUAUGUGAGAUGCUUUUUACAAUAAAAAUGAUGUGAAACCCCAUUCAUAAUAUCCAUGAAGGUUAAUAAGGAACUUUACUCUACGUAAGUAACUCCUUAAAUCCAUUAUUGAUUACUGAGCAGAUAUUUAAGAUUAGCACUUGGCUGUAAGUAUAUGUAUUUUCCAGUCCAAAGGAUCGAUCUUCAAGUGUCUGCAAAUGCGUCUGGAUACACAGGAUUUCUUAGAUUCUUAGUGUUUUUGUCAUUAACUGAUUCUUUGGAUUUUUGCUGAUGUUCACAGCAACUGGAAGUCUCCAGAGCCAAUUAUAUCAUAUAUCAGAGUCUUUGAAGGUGGUUAGUCAGUAGUACAUCUGCAACUACUAAGAGACCAACCUGUACCAACAGUUUUUUGUGUUUCUUUUAUUCAUAGGGUUACAUUUAAAGUAAUUAUCUUCCAUUGUUAGUAAAUCCCAAAUGAUGUUGUAUUUUUCAGAGCAGUUUGAACCCUGAGGAGGGGAUGGGAGUUGCGUCAGUCAGCAUUGCCUAUUCAUGCAUUAUCCUGUCCUCUAUGUUUCUCACACCAAGCCUUAUAAGAUACUUGGGCUGCAAAUUGGCUAUUUUUGCAGCUAUGUGAUCUAUACAGUUUGAAGCUUCUUUCCAGAAUGGUAUGAUGAUCUUACCCUCAGUGAGCCCAGUCAUACAGUAGAUCAAUUCAAUCUAAUAAAGACAAUAGAACUACUGUCAAGAUCUUUGUUUUGCAAAAAGCAGCUGCUUACUGAGUUGUUUUCGUUCAGGGCGAGCCUGAUCCCAGUCUCAGUGAUAAUUGGUUUGGGAGGAUCUCACUGUGGUCUGCUGUCAGAACAUAUCUCAUCACUAUUGGCAACCUGUAGGCAGAAGAAGUCAAAACAAAAAGUCAGGAUGUAAUCAAUCACUACUUUGGUAUAUUUUUCCUCUUGUACCAGUUGUCUUCUGUAUGGGGAAAUCUGAUGUCUUCCCUUAUAUUUGGCCAAGAUACAAGCACAUGUAACUAAACCUUCUAACAACCUGUGCAGUGUUCAUAAAUGUUAUAUAGUUUACCAUAAAAAUACAGAUAAAUAUAUAAAUGAUAAACUUCCCAUAAAGAGAUACAGCUUCAUUUCCUUACUGAUUGUGUCUCACAGAUACGUGACCUGUCUCUCUCUCCUCACAGUGAGUGUAACUCAAGGUGAAGAUCAGCUCUGUGGAGUGGCCAGUUGUAGAAGCUCUAGUGCAGUAAUUUGUUACUGUAAUUUGUUACUACAGUUGAAGUCGGAAGUUUACAUACACCUUGGCCAAAUACAUUUAAACUCCGUUUUUCACAAUUCCUGACAUUUAAUCCUAGUAGAAAUUCCCUGUUUUAGGUCAGUUAGGACCAUCACUUUAUUUUAAGAAUGUGAAAUGUCAGAAUAAUAGUAGAGAGAAUGAUUUAUUUCAUUUUUUCUUUAUUUCAUCACAUUCCCAGUGGGUCAGAAGUUUACAUACACUCAAUUAGUAUUUGGUAACAUUGCCUUUAAAUUGUUUAACUUGGGUCAAAAGUUUCGGGUAGCUUUCCACAAGCUUCCCACAAUAAAUUGGGUGAAUUUUGGCCCAUUCCUCCUGACAGAGCUGGUGUAACUGAGUCAGGUUUGUAGGCCUCCUUGCUUGCACACGCUUUUUCAGUUCUGUCCACACAUUUUCUAUAGGAUUGAGGUCAGGGCUUUGUGAUGGCCACAACUUUGGAAGUAUGCUUGGGGUCAUUGUCCAUUUGGAAUACCCAUUUGCCACCAAGCUUUAACUUCCAACUUUUCGUUCAGGGCGAGCCUAAUCCCAGUCUCAGUGAUCAUUGGUUUGGGAGGAUCUCACUGUGGUCUGCUGUCAGAACAUAUCUCAUCACUAUUGGCAACCUGUAGGCAGAAGAAGUCAAAACAAAAAUUCAGGAAGUAAUCAAUCACUAUUUUGGUAUAUUUUUCCUCUUGUACCAGUUGUCUUCUGUAUGGGGAAAUACAUGUAUGAUGUCUUCCCUUAUAUUUGGCCAAGAUACAAGCACAUGUAACUAAACCUUCUAACAACCUGUGCAGUGUUCAUAAAUGUUAUAUGGCUUGCCAUAAAAAUGCAGUCAAAUAUAUAAAUGAUCAACUUCCCAUAAAGAGAUACAGCUUCAUAUCCUUUCUUAUUGUGUCUCACAGAUACGUGAUGGCCACAACUUUGGAAGUAUGCUUGGGGUCAUUGUCCAUUUGGAAAACCCAUUUGCCACCAAGCUUUAACUUCCUGACUGAUGUCUUGAGAUGUUGCUUCAAUAUAUCCACAUAAUUUCCUUCCUCAUGAUGCCAUCUAUUUUGUGAAGCGCACCAGUCCCUCCUGCAGCAAAGCACCCCCACAGCAUGAUGCUGCCACCCCCAUGCUUCACGGUUGGGAUGGUGUUCUUCGGCUUGCAAGCCUUCCCCUUUUUCCUCCAAACAUAACAAUGGUCAUUAUGGCCAAACAGUUCUAUUUUUGUUUCAUCAGACAAGAGGACAUUUCUCCAAAAAGUACGAUCUUUGUCCCCAUGUGCAGUUGCAAACUGUAGUCUGGCUUUCUUAUGGCGGUUUUGGAGCAGUGGCUUCUUCCUUGCUGAGCGGCCUAUCAGGUUAUGUUGAUAUAGGACUCGUUUUACUGUGGAUAUGGAUACUUUUGUACCUGUUUCCUCCAGCAUCUUCACAAGGUCCUUUUCUGUUGUUCUGGGAUUGAUUUGCACUUUUCGCACCAAAGUACAUUCAUCUCUAGGAGACAGAACGCGUCUCCUUCCUGAGCGGUAUGACGGCAGCGUGGUCCCAUGGUGUUUAUACUUGCGUACUAUAGUUUGUACAGAUGGACGUGGUACCUUCAGGCGUUUGGAAAUUGCUCCCAAGGAUGAACCAGACUUGUGGAGGUCUACAAUGUUUUUUCCCAUGAUGUCAAGCAAAGAGGCACUGAGUUUGAAGGUAGGCCUUGAAAUACAUCCACAGGUACACCUCCAAUUAACUCAAAUGAUGUCAAUUAGCCAAUCAGAAGCUUCUAAAGCCAUGACAUCAUUUUCUGGAAUUUUCCAAGCUGUUUAAAGGCACAGCACAGUCAACUUAGUGUAUGUAAACUUCUGACCCACUGGAAUUGUGAUACAGUGAAUUAUAAGUGAAAUAAUCUGUCUGUAAACAAUUGUUGGAAAAAUUCCUUGUGUCAUGCACAAAGUAGAUGUCCUAACCGACUUGCCAAAACUAUAGUUUGUUAACAAGACAUUUGUGGAGUGGUUGAAAAACAAGUUUUAAUGACUCCAACCUAAGUGUAUGUAAACUUCCGACUUCAACUGUAGGUGAGCUGCCCUGUAAAAAUGUAAACUGUAUGCACAUACGGACAUUACAUCAUAGGAGGACAUAUCUCAUGUUUACCCCACUGUAACCGUAUCAAUCAUAUGUCAAUCACUUAAACAAUCACCUCCUCUCGUGUUAUACAAACAUCACAGCAGAAAUAUCUACUGUAUAUUCUACAUGUGUUGACCUUCUGGCAAUGAUUCUGCUGGCUGCAUUCCUGGAUAACAUAGACAACAACAAUAAACUGUACUCUAAGGGUGUCACGAUGAGUCAUAAUGAGUGGACCAAGGCGCAGCGUGAUAUGCGUACAGCUCUUUAAUAGUGUACUAGCAACACGAUACAAACAACAAAACGAUACGUGAAGUCCUCGGCCAUACACAAACCUACACGGAACAAGAUCCCACAAAUAGCUAUGCCAAACAGGCUGCCUAAGUAUGGUUCCCAAUCAGAGACAACGAGAAUCAGCUGCCUCUGAUUGGGAACCACCCUGGUCAACAUAUAUCUACAAUGAUCUAGAACAUAACAUAGAAAAUACAACAUAGACAAUCCACACCCUGGCUCAACAUAUAAGAGUCCCCAGAGCCAGGGCGUGACAAAGGGCAACAAAGAGCCCUUAUGUACUGUUUUUCUUGCCACGUUCAAAUAACUUCGAGAUAAGAGACAAGUUCUUCUCAUCCCUUUGACCUCAUACAUUGAUCUGGAGGUGGGUUUCCUUACUGGGGAUUACACCAGUGUAAGUUACGAUGCACAUUUCCGAAACACUCCUUAAAGCCGACUAUAGUAAUUAAAACAUAUUUUAAAAUCACAAAAACUAUCUAAGACAUUUGUUUUGUUCAGGAAAAACCCUGUAUCCUUUUAGAAUUAUGCCACAUGUGCUUUGGGAAUAAAUGUUGUUGGCUAUAAAAUGAUUUGAUUUGGUGCCACAACUUCCCUAUUCUCUAUACAUUCACAAUACACUGGAAGAGAAGCAUUAUUUCAUUUUGUAAGGAGAGACACUGUAAACACCAGAUGAUCAAUUUGAACAUAUCAACAAUCACUUUGUUUAUCCACUUUUACUUACUGUAUUAACUUAAUUCUCUUCCAGCUUCAGUGACACACAGCCCUUAUCCUGGGUCUGUUGUUCUGGAGGCCUCACAAAGACCAGCUGCCUGUGUUCUUUGUGUUUCCUGCUCUCUGGGGCAUGGCAGAUGCUGUGUGGCAGAAACAAAUCAAUGGUGAGUUACCUUUUUCAGGUAGUCAUGACUGUCUUACCUUUAUUAAUGUGUGACCAACUACAGUGCAUUUGUAAAGUAUUCAGACCCCUUGACUUGUUCCACAUGUUGUUACGUUACAGCCUAUUCUAAAAUGGAUUGCAUUAGUUUUUUUCCUCAUCAAUCUACACACAAUACCCCAUAAUGGCAAAGCGAAAACAGGUUUUUAGAAAUAUUUGCAAAUUAAUAAAAAAUACAAAACAGAAAUACCUUAUUUACAUAAGUAUUCAGACCCUUUGCUAUGAGACUCGAAAUUGAGCUCAGGUGCAUCCUGUUUCCAUUGAUCAUCCUUCAGAUGUUUCUACAACUUGAUUGGACUCCACCUGUGGUAAAUUCAAUUGAUUGGACAUGAUUUGGAAAGGCACACACCUGUCUAUAUAUGGUCCCAUAGUUGACAGUGCAUGUCAGAGCAAAAACCAAGGCAUGAGGUCGAAGGAAUUGUCCGUAGAGCUCCGAGACAGGAUUGUGUCGAGGCACAGAUCUGGGUAAGGGUGCCAAAACAUUUCUGCAGCAUUAAAGGUCCCCAAGAACACAGUGGCCUCCAUCAUUCUUAAAUGGAAGAAGUUUGGAACCACCAAGACUCCUCCUAGAGCUGGCCGACCUUCCAAACUGAGCAAUCGAGGGAGAAGGGCCUUUGUCAGGGAGGUGACCAAGAACCUGAUGGUCACUCUGACAGAGCUCCAGAGUUCCUCUGUGGAGAUAGGAGAACCUUCCAGAAGGACAACCAUCUCUGCAGCACUCCACUAAUCAGGCCUUUAUGGUAGAGUGGCCAGACGGAAGCCACUCCUAAGUAAAAGGCACAUGACAGCCCGCUUGGAGUUUGACAAAAGGCACCUAAAGGACUCAGACCAUGAGAAACAGAUUUUCUGGUCUGAUGAAACCAAAAUUGAACUCUUUGGCCUGAAUGCCAAGCGUCACGUCUGGCGGAAACCUGGCACCAUCCCUACGGUGAAGCAUGGUGUUGACAGCAUCAUGCUGUGGGGAUGUUUUUCAGCGGCAGGGACAGGGAGACUAGUCAGGAUUGAGGGAAAAAUGAACGGACCAAAGUACAGAGAGAUACUUGAUGACAACCUGCUCCAGAGCGCUCAGGACCUCAGACUAGGGCGAAGGUUCACCUUCCAACAGGACAACCACCCUAAGCACACAGCCAAGACAGCGCAGGAGUGGCUUCGGGACACGUCUCUGAAAGUCCUUGAGUGGCCCAGCCAGAGCCCGGACUUGAACCCAAUCGAACAUCUCUGGAGAGACCUGAAAAUAGCUGUGCAGCGACACUCCCCAAUUCACCUGACAGAGCUUGAGAGGAUCUGCAGAGAAGAAUGGGAGAAACUCCCCAAAUACAGGUGUGCCAAGCUUGUAGUGUCAUACCCAAGAAGACUUGAGGCUGUAAUCACUGCCAACGGUGCUUCAACAAAGUACUGAGUAAAGGGUCUGAAUACUUAUGUAAAUGGGAUAUUUCAGUUUUUUAUUUUGUAUACAUUUGCAAACGUUUCUAAAAACCUGUUUUUGCAUUGUCAUUAUGGGGUAUUGUGUGUAGAUUGACGAGGGAAAAAACUAUUUAAUCAAUUUUAGAAUAAGGCUGUAACGUAACAAAAUGUGGAAAAAGUGAAGGGGUCUGAAUACUUUCCGAAGGCACUGAAUCCAGGUCACCCACAUGCCUCAAGACUGUUAGCCCUUUGAGCUAAAAGACUGUGCUGUGCAUUUACUCUGGACGCUAACACACUUCUCAGGCAAGGUUACUGACCUGUCCAUAGUUCACUGAACCACCGAUGUUACGACUUCUACCGGCUGUUCAGAUGGAACAAAAAAUGUAAGAUGUCUUUAAAUUUUUCAGUAUUCUAUGGAGUUCUUUUAAAUGAACAGAAGGAGGCAGCAUUUGCUAACAAUUGACUGUGAGAGUCAGUGGGAUUUGUAGUGUUUUAUGCUCUCAGCAACUGGAUAUCAAGCUCUACAAUCUGGCUGGAGUUCUACUUGUGGCAGUUGUACUCUAUGGUUGGGUGGAAUUCAACGAGAGAAGAAAUCCUACACAAAGAAAGGGGAAAACAAAGUCCAAACCAUAG